CUGUGUUGUGAAAAAAAACGAGCACAUGAUAAAAAUACACCCUCCCCUCCCUCAAAAGUUUUAAAACGCUAAACUAUAUAUUUCUAAAAUUUCGACGACCACGCAUCACCACGUCACCAUGCCUUAUCACAGAAUCUACUCCUAGAGAUAAUUAUAUUUUUUAAUGCAAAAAUUAUUAUAUUUCUUUUUUUUGCCAAGAGAUUUGUAAAGAGACAAGAGAUUUGUAAAAGCAACUAAUUCCCCAGCCCUCCCAUGUAAAAAUCACAACGCAGCACAGUCACAGCACGUGAGAAAUUACCCAUAAUGCAAGUUGGGGCCAAAACUCUACACGUGAAAACAUGGCGGGCAGUGGGAGUAUGUAGUAUAAAGCUAUCUUUAUCUCGAAACGACCAUGGGAAUCACAAAAGAUGAAGCAUAUAGGAUAUUAGAACUACCAAGAGAUGCAAGUGUAGAGGAAGUUAGAGCAAGUUACAAGAGACUUGCACUAAAAUGGCACCCUGAUAAACACAACAACAGCACGACUGCCACCCAGAAAUUUCAAGAGGUAUCCUCUGCGUACAAAAGAUUGACAACUGAGGAUGCUGGUGAUGAGAUAUAUUUGUCUGCUGCUGAUAUGUUUGAUCUGUUUACACAUAUAUUUUUUCAAAGACAUGCGAUGUAUGGGUUCUGUAAUGGCCGUCAUCAUUAUGAGUCAGAUGAUGACAGUUACUACAGUGAUGAUAACUAUGAAGAUGAUGAUGAAGAUGAUUUGCUCCACACUAUGGCUUCAAAGCUCACAAGUAAACACGAUCGCAGUAGCAAGCCUAAUACAACACACAUUUAUGGUAAACCAGCUCAUAAUUUAACGGAGGCAGAGGCAAUGAAAAAUGCUGAAGAAUUAAUAAAAGAAGAGGAGCGUGAUAGAAAAAAAGCAGAGAAAAGACGACAAAAAAAGAAGAGAAAUAAAGAGAAGAAGAAGCAAAAAGACAAAGUUAAACCAGAUAAUAGUGAAAAAGAAAAUAAACAGGAUAAUAUUAUAGAUUCAUCAGGCUCCACAAGUAAAACACAUCUUAAAGACACUGAGAAUACUAGUCAAAACUCACAAAAUAAUCCCCAUCCAAGUACACAUGCUGCAAAGGCUACUGGGGGAAUUAAAGAAAACAAGUCAAACAAAACAACAGCAUCCAUAAAGAAUGUACCAACCACUAAUGGACCGAGCAAAACAUCUAGGUCUACUGAUGGUGAAGAAAGUGCAGGAAGUACACAUACCAAAAAACCAGCGAAGGAUGAUACAGAUUCUAGUGCAGAUGAGCCUGACUGGGAUCUGACGAGUGCUUUUGUCAGUCGAGCCGCCGGGCGUAAUCCAACCAGUACAACAACAGUUCCUGAAACAUUGCAAGAUGUUUCUUCCAAAGCACCCUCCUCAACACUUGCAUCCUCAUCAGAUACAACAUCUUAUAAUAUAACUUCUGGCGUGUCGGGCACAGAGCAGAUGGAUCCACUUGUACUACAGAGUAGACAAAUAGCAGUUCGUGGAAAUGAAAUGGCGAAUUUAGGAAAUUACCAGGCGGCAAUAGAAUUGUUUACACAAGCUAUAAAAUUGGAUGCCAGAGAUUUCAGGUUCUUUGGAAAUCGUUCAUAUUGUUUUGACCGGCUUGGACAGUUUGAAAAGGCCUUGCAAGAUGCUGAUGUAGCAAUAUCUCUGGCCCCUGAUUGGCCUAAAGGGUUUUUCAGAAGAGGCAGAGCUUUGGCUGGUUUAAAGUUAUUUUCAGAUGCUGAGGGUGCAUUUGCUCAUGUCCUCAAGCUUGAUAAGCACUGCGAAGAUGCCAUGUUUGAGCUGGCAAGAGUGAGAGUACAACAACUAGAGGAUAUGGGUUUCCCAACAAAUCAGAGUGAGGCAGCUAUACAAUCAUAUGGAACUGUCCAAGCAGGGUUAGAGGCAUUAUUAGCAGGAAAAGUGAAUUGUCCCUCGCCAGAUGAGAUUUAUGUGUCUGAUGGCGAAGAUAUGCCACAUAAGAUUGCAUCCAGUACAAGACCCCACCAAAAUAUUGACUCUACUAUCCCUGCGCAGACCCACUGUAAAUCGGUAUGGGUGGGGAAUGUCAAUAGCGACCAAGUGACAGAAGCCCAACUACAACAACUCUUCUCAAGAUGUGGACAAAUAGAGACAAUAAAAAUUCUUCCAAAAAAGUUUUGUGCCUUUAUCAACUACUAUAAUCCAGAAUCUGCAGCCAAGGCUAUUCAAAAUUAUCAGGGAUAUGAAUUAGGAGGACAAAGGUUUCUACUGAGGUUUCCAAAUAACAACCCAGCAGCAGCCACUACACCCAUCGUGAAACCACCAGUUGAAAGGCCCAAACUGUGUGGUCCAGUCAAUGGGAAUGAAUGCUAUUUCUGGCGGACUACCGGCUGUGCUUUUGGAAACAAGUGUCGUAAUAGACAUGUACCAGAGCAUAGAGGAUGUGACAUUAAAAAAGUAGAGGCCAAAUUUAGCACAAAGAAGUGAAAAACCGACAUGGCACAAAUAUAUAGUGGACUCUAGUAGUAGAAAUAUUUGGUGUUACUGUUCAAUUCUUCUAACUUGUUGUUAGAAUAUUUGUGAGAAGGAAACCACCUAAGAUAGAAUCAUUCAAAAUGCAAAGUUGGGAAUAAAGUUUAAUUUUGUUAGUAA